AUGUCACAACUUACGAAAUGCAUUGAUCAUCGACUGCCAGCGCCAGUCAGAAGAGUAUGGCAUACCUUCAUUCGGCCUGCCUUACCAGACUGGUCUUUCAUCACCAUUCACUAUCUCUACUUCAUCCUGAUGUGCCUCGUGAGCAGCUUGCUAUUUCGGGUCACAUCAACGCCUUCAAAAAAUGUCUCGUACGUUGACAGCUUAUUCCUCGUGACCUCUGCUAUGACUGAGGCUGGCCUAAAUACUGUCAACCUUUCUCAAUUGAAUACAUUUCAACAAGUGCUUCUGUUCUUCUUGAUCGUUUUGGGCUCGGCCAUCUGGGUUUCGAUAGCAACUGUUCAUAUCAGAAAACGAGCUUUUGAGCAGAAGCUUCAGGAGCUUGCCGAUAACAAGAAAAAAAGGCUUCGGCUUUCGAGGUCCCUCCGUACCUCACUUUCGAAGACAGGGAAGGACACAGGUGAUCGGAGGAUUGCUGCUAUCGCUUCUGGAGCCCUAAGGGGCACGGCGCUUGUUGAGGGCGAUGGCAGACCUAAAGACGAUUGCAACCUUAAUGCAGAUGAGCAUAUCACUUUUGAUCUGCCUCUUCAACAGAAGGCCGACGAUGAGCAUGUCUCCUUGGACAACCUGAAGGAACUCAGCCAUUCAGCCUACAGAGGCCACUCUUCGCCUCUAUCUCUAGAUGCUAAUCUCGAUUCCGACAAGCAUCGGCCGGCUACGGCUAGAUACGAUAGCUAUGAUGUAAGAAGCCCUGCUGCAAAGUCAUCGGUGGCAGAUAACGUGCGUAUACUUGAGACUCAAAGGUCCCCGGCUCAUGGAUGCGACAUUGACAGUACUACGAUACCCCUCCAAAGAAGACACACUCGAAUAUUCUCUGGUUAUGGAGUGGGUGCUCGUCCUUCACUAAGCAGUCAUCCCCGUAAUGCAACACUCGAUAUCAGUCCAACAAGGUCGAUAGACGAUGAGGAAAGAGCAUUCGGUAGACGAAUGCAGUCCUUGACCUUCUUCGACAAAUACCUGAAGGGCUUCAAUGGCCUCAUUGGUAGAAAUUCGCAGUUUCAUGGUCUUUCAGAGAAAGAUAGAAGAAAACUUGGUGGCUUAGAGUAUGAUGCUUUGGUUCUGCUCUCAUAUUUGGUCCCGACCUACUUCUUCCUCUUCCAGCUUGCCGGUGCUAUUGGAAUGGGAGCUUGGAUGCAGUCCAACCGGCCUGAUGUAGCACUCAAGAACGGUCUUGAUCCAUUCUGGACAGGGAGCUUCUUCGCGAUUAGUGCCUUCAACAAUUCAGGCAUGGCUCUACUCGAUGCGAACGCGGUCGCAUUGCAGACCAGCUAUUACUGCCUGCUAACAUUAGGAUUUCUCAUCCUCGCUGGCAAUACCUGCUUUCCUCCUUUCCUUCGACUUAUCAUCUGGACCGGUAAGGUCUGCAUACCUCGAUCCUGGAACGAUUCCAAAUGGGACAAAAGGCGGCAGGUGCUUCAAUUUCUACUCGACCAUCCUCGUCGGUGCUAUACCCAUCUCUUUCCGAGUGCGCAGACCUGGUGGCUCGUCGGAACCCUCGUGGUGCUCAACGGCAUUGACUGGGUGGCUUUUGAAGUUUUGAACAUCGGCAACCCUGCCAUAGAGUCGAUCCCCACUCAUUUCAGAGUUCUCGAUGGUCUCUUCCAGGCUUUCGCUGUCCGAAGCGGAGGCUUCUACGUAGUCAGCAUCUCUCAACUCCGUCCCGCACUACUCUGCCUCUACAUCUACAUGAUGUACUUGAGCGCGCUCCCUGUCACACUGACCCUGCGUAACACGAACGUCUACGAGGAACGCUCGCUAGGCAUCUUCGCCGAAGAAAUCGCCAACACCCAAGCAUCACCACCUCAACCUCCACCUCGCCGAGAUUCCACAUCCGAACGCCUCGCCAGCACACUAAGACGCCAUAUCACAGGCCAAGUCUCCACAUCAGCCGACUCUCCCACCAUUACCACAGCAACCACCUGGUCCCGCAGAGACUUCCUCCAACAACAACUCCGCGGCCAAUUAUCCCACGACCUCUGGUGGCUCGCCCUUGCCAUCUUCCUCAUCACCAUUAUUGAAACGUCCCAAUUGUCCCGCGACCCCAUCAACUUCUCCGUCUUCAACAUCAUCUUCGAGUGCGUGUCCGCCUACGGCUGUGUGGGGAUAAGUGUCGGUGUGCCGUGGGAUAACUACAGCUUCUGUGGAGCGUGGCACACGGGGAGUAAAUUGGUGUUGUGUGCGGUCAUGCUGAGAGGACGACAUAGGGGAUUGCCCGUUGCGAUUGAUCGAGCGGUGUUGGUUCCGGAUCAGAGGCUGGGUUGGGCGGAGGAGGAGGAUGCGGUUGCUAGGAGGAAGAGGACGCGGUCAAUAGGGGGAGGAGAUGCGGUUACUACUACUACUAGGAGGAGGAGUAGUGGGAGUGUGAGUAGAAAUGCGUUGAGGGAGAGGGAGGGGUGA